AUGAAAAGUAUCGAUGAAUCAAUAAGUUUGGCAGGGAAAACUGAUUCGGAAAUUACGAAUGUCACAAGCAAGCGAUCUGUCGAAAAUAAAUCUCUCUCUUCCGAAGUUGUUACAGCUUUUACUGAAACUAAUUUUCGUUUUAUGGAAGAAAAUGAACAAUCCGGAAUUGAAGCAGAACUACCAAUAGACGUAAAGACAAAAACCUUGUUGAAAAGUGGGGAAAUAAUUGAAAUUGAUAAAAAACGUUAUACUACGGAUGGGCCAAUAAAAGGUGAUUACGGUGUUGUCGGUCUAAUGGAGAAGGGAAAUUCAAAGGCAUUAUUUGCUUUGCAUUAUGAAUCACAAAAUUGCAAAAUCAAACGACUGCAGGUGGAAAUAGAUGUACUGAAAAGUAGUGCGAAAGUUAGAAAACUGACGCAUAUUGCUUCUUUAAUUUCACAGGGAAAGAAUGUGAAAGUUAAUAUACGGUAUUUUAUGAUAAAAAUGUUUGGUGAUACGAUCAGUGACCUCCGUGAUAAGUUUGGUGAAUUUUCCCUUGCUACGAGUCUAAAGCUUUCAUAUUUGACCAUUGAGUGCAUCGAAGAAAUUCAUAAAAUUGGAUUUGUUCAUCGAGAUAUAAAGCCAGCAGUUUAUGCGAUUGGAUUAGAAGCAGAAAGAAGCAAAUUGUUCCUUUCUGGAUUUGGCCUUGCACGACGUUAUAAAACCGAUAAAAAUGCAUUGGUGAAAAAGCGCGACAAAGUACAUCGAAUGGGUAAUAUUCAUUAUAUGUCAAGAAGUUCACAUAAAUUAUUGGAACGUUCACGUAAAGAUGACUUAGAAAGUUGGCUUUAUAUGAUCGUUGAAUUCUUCUUGACCACAUCAUCACUGCCAUGGGAGGACGAAAAGAAUCAUAAGAUUGUGUUGAAAAAGAAAGAAGCAUUUAUGGAUAAAGAUUAUGUCAAAAUAUUUAAAAAAUGUAAAGGAAUGCCAGCCGGUGUAAAUACACUUGUACGCCAAAUAAAUAGCUUUCAAUAUGACACAAAACCGGAUUAUCAUUUAAUCAAGAAUAUUUUCCGGAAUGCUAUUGUGCACGGCAAUUACAAGUCUGAAAAAUUAGAUUGGUUGAAAGGUAAAGAAGAUAAAUUGGUACGAGCAGGUGCAUGCGAAUCCACGAUUUUUGGUGUAAAAUCAGAAAGAGAAAAAGAAGUGAAGCAAGCGGUUAGUCAAGAAAAGGUGGAAUACGAUUUAGGACCGAAAACUAGCGAUGAGCAACGAUCUGUAUUCAUGAUGCCAACUGCAAGUGCUCUUACAUCCGAAGCAUCAAGUUUACAAGGUGCGAAAAGUUGUUAUUAUACACCUACAAUCAGUGCUAACGAAAGUUCCUAUGUAUUGGAACCGAAAAUUUCCAAAUCAAAGUCUAAGAAAGAAACAAAGACGAGUGCACGAAAAUCUCGAAAACGUUAA